AGGGCGGCCUGCUAAUGGGGCUCCCUUAGAGCUGCUCCACAUGAACGUUGUAGUGACGUGUGUAGGUCCGAGGGCUGACCGACCUGCUGCUGUAUGGCAGCGUGUUCUCUAUGCUAGUCAUCCCACAUCUCCCCGUAAUACCUCCAGGAUCCCCUGCCUUUGUCUCAAACUCGCUGUAUCUUUCCACAGGGAAUCUUGUGUUUUUUUUGUGGGGAAAAAGCACCGUGUAAGCUGUGAGGAACACGAGGGGUGUGCUGAGGUGAUGCAGGAAUGCUCUGUGGGGCUUACAUGCUUUUUAACGUCUCGCUGUCCUUGCAAGAGCAGCGUGAUGGAUGUCCUACGGCCCACCCUGAUCAGCAUUGGUGGGCGAGUGUACAGGAAGAACAUCGUUCAAGAGCAGGUCCAGCAGCAAGAGGAAGAGGAGGACUUCUACACAGGGCCCAGUGACUGUGCGGAUGAACCAUGCGACGCCUUUGUGGUGGAAGAGACUGAGAAGGGCUUCCAGUGCAGAGUGGCGGUUCCCAGCCCCUUCUACAAGUACAUAAUAGGGAAGAAAGGAGAAACCAAGAAGAGACUAGAAACAGAGACUCGAACCUCAAUCAGCAUUCCCAAGCCUGGAGUGGAGGGAGAAAUUGUGAUUACAGGACAGCAGCGCGGUGGUGUCAUCUCGGCCCGGACACGCAUCGAUGUUCUUCUCGACAGCUUCCGUAAGAAGCAGCCCUUCACGCACUUCCUGUCCUUCGCUCUCAACCAGCCCGUCAUCCAGGAGAAGUUCCUGCAAUUCAAGGAGGAGGUGCUGGAGAAAUGUUCACAGGAUCAUGGAGUCAGCAGCAGCCUGUUCCAGAACCCUGCAAAGCUCCACCUGACUCUGGGGACACUGGUGCUGCUGAACGAACAGGAGAUCCAGAGGGCGUGUGACCUCCUGCAGGAGUGCAAAGAGGACUUUGUGGACCAAAUUACAGGAGGCAAACCCCUGAGUGUGGAGGUGGCCGGGGUGGAGUACAUGAACGAUGACCCUGCCAUGAUGGAUGUCCUUUAUGCCAAAGUCCACAUGAAGGAUGGCUCGGACAAGCUGCAGGUGAUUGCUGAUCAGCUGGUGGAAAGGUUCGUGGCCUCUGGUCUGAUGCUUAGGGAAUGGGAUAGGGUGAAACUGCACGCUACUGUCAUGAACACGCUCUUCAGGAAAGACCCAAGUGGUGCUGAAGAGCGAAGCAGCACAGUGACUGGUAAAUCAUCCUUCAAGGAGCGGGAGUCAUUUAAUGGGCGAAACAUCCUCAAGCUCUUUGAGAACUUCUCGUUCGGCGAGGUGCGGCUGGACGCGGUGCUGCUGUCCCAGCGCUACUCCUCGGAUGCCUCCGGCCGUACUGCGGGGGGGAGCCUGGGGCUUACGGGGAGGAUGUGGGAUCCUCCCGCACCAUUCGGCUGCAGCGAGGGCUCGUCUCCAGCAGCGUGCCCGCCUGCUGUCGGCCUGCGAAUAAAGAAGUUCCGUUCACGGGCAGGCGUUUGUCUCUCGUUGUGCUGAUGGCUCCUGUUGGUUAAGCUCGCACUUUAGCCAUUCCCCCCCGUGCUGUCGCUCUGCCCGAGCACGGGGUGGGUUCCCCUUCCCGCUGACCGGCUCCCCGCACGCGUCCCUGUCGCUACCGCAAACGAAGCGUCGCUUUCCCGCAGACCCGGCGCUCGGGUUCGGGGCACGGCG